UGUCCUGAGCUGGUGGCAGACCUACCCUGAUUUUCACUCGGACUCAGCUCUCACAUUCCAGAAAACAUGACCCUGGCUGCCUAUAAAGAGAAAAUGAAGGAGCUCCCGCUGGUGUCCUUGUUCUGCUCCUGUUUCCUGUCCGAUCCCCUGAAUAAGUCAUCCUAUAAAUAUGAAGGCUGGUGUGGGAGACAGUGUAGGAGGAAAGAUGAAAGCCAGCGGAAAGACAGUGCUGACUGGAGAGAAAGAAGAGAGCAGGCAGACACGGUGGACCUGAACUGGUGUGUCAUUUCUGACAUGGAAGUCAUCGAGCUGAACAAAUGCACCUCGGGCCAGUCCUUUGAAGUCAUCCUGAAGCCACCCUCCUUUGAUGGGGUGCCCGAGUUCAAUGCCUCCCUACCCAGGAGGCGAGACCCAUCGCUGGAAGAAAUCCAGAAGAAACUGGAAGCAGCCGAGGAGAGAAGGAAGUAUCAGGAAGCCGAGCUCCUGAAGCACCUGGCAGAGAAGCGGGAACAUGAGCGGGAGGUGAUCCAGAAAGCCAUCGAGGAAAACAACAACUUCAUCAAGAUGGCCAAGGAGAAGCUGGCCCAGAAGAUGGAAUCCAAUAAGGAGAACAGGGAGGCCCACCUUGCUGCCAUGUUGGAACGGCUGCAAGAGAAGGACAAGCACGCGGAGGAGGUUCGGAAAAACAAGGAGCUGAAGGAAGAGGCCUCCAGGUAAAGCCCAGAGGCAAAGAAGUUUCCAGAACGGCCGGACAACUCCAGCAGCUCCGCAGUUCCCGAAGCAGCCUGGCCCGCCGCUGGCUGCUCUCCCAGCACUGGGGUUUGGGGGGAGGGGGGUGGCCAGGGGCGUUUCCUCUGCUUUCGGUGUUUGUACUUGUAAAGAAUUGACCAGUGAAGCCAUCCUAUUUGUUUCAGGGGAACAACGAUGGGGUGGGAGAGGGGAGACAAGGAGAGAGGUUAGGAAAGGGAGAUGGAUGGAGGACUCACAGACAUUGCAACCCAGCCCAGGUCAAGUCCUCGGCUUUUCUUCACAGUGAGCAUCCGGGCACCGCCUUGAGGGAAGUUAAUAACAGGCAGUAGAAUUCCCAUGAAGGGCCGUCUUGGGUGGAGCGUGGGCUGCAGGGCGUGGCGCGAUACCCCAGCCGGGGUUUGGGGGCCCUGCGGCAGUGGGAUGCAGUCCGAGUGUGUGUGUGUGUGUGCGCGCGCGCGUGUGCGCGUGUGUUUUAACCAUCAUCUUUUGAUCAUCAUGACCAAUAAUGAAACAUUUACUCCAAGUCUCCAGUUCUUUAUUUCCUGAAUUUGUCCUUUGCGUAAUUGAUAGGAUGUUCCUGAAUUCGGCUCCCAGUCAUCAGGUGCCAGAUGCUCCUUUUGUUCCUUGGUUUCAUCUUUAGAGCAUCUGAGGGGAUGGGUGAGGACGGUUGAAACAUGCCAGCCUUUGGCAUUCUUUGCUUUUGCUUCUUUUUUUUUGUUUUAACACCCCACCCUCUUUGUGGGCUGUCUGGGUGGACUCAACAAUUCAAUCCUUGUUGGACUGAGUGCAAUGAAGUGAUAAGAAAAUAAAUCCAAUCUUCCUUUGUGCGGAUUGACAUUCUAAUAUGGUCCCCAAGAUGCAUAGUAAGAGGGAAGUCCUCACUUUAGGGGUGUGGGGUGCCGAGUGGUCACAGAUAGCGAGCGAGGAAAUAAAGUAUUUGCUAGCAGAAAGCAGAGGGGUUGAAAACAAAGCCAUAGGGACUAUUUAAAGGUAAGUUAAGUACACACUGAAAAGGACUGAAAGGAUGAGGAAACCAUCUGUGACCUGGGGAAUAAGACAAAAUGCUUUAGCAUAUGUGAACUUUGAGAAGGAGAGGAGAAUGUAUAGGGGAUGAGGGAGCAGAAAAAUAC